AUGUCCUCUCGCCCAGCCAUUAUUAAAUCUCUCAAGAGCAGACUGCCAUCCCAGCGAUACCUAGCUUCCCCAGCUUACCGCGUCUCCAAACUCGCCACAACAGCCUCGGCAACUCCAUACAACUACACCACUACUACGAACAAGAUCCAUAAUCACAACCAAACCCGCAACAUGUCUUUCUUCUCCCGCUUCCCCUCUGGCGAAUUCACCCCUCUCUUCCGUCUUCUAGAAGACUACGAGACCCACCGUUCUGGCUCUGAAUCCACCUCUGGCAUGCGCACCUUCGCCCCGCGCUUCGACGUCCGCGAAUCAAAGGACGCCUACCACCUCGAUGGCGAGCUGCCAGGCAUCAGCCAAAAGGACAUCGACAUCGAGUUCACCGACUCCCAAACCCUCGUCGUCAAGGGCCGCUCAGAGCGCGAGUACUCCGCCUCUUCCGGUGGCGACGAGCAUCCCUCCGCCAGCGGAGCCCUCCCCGGGCCCAGAAAGCCCCGCCAACCAACCGUUGAGGAUGAAGAGCCGGAGACCUCGACGACCGCUGUGACGAAGACGGGCGGCAAAUCCCAGGCAGUCGGCCAGCAUGUUCGUGAUGGGAUGAAGUAUUGGGUCUGCGAGCGCUCUGUGGGCGAGUUUAGUCGCACAUUCAGCUUCCCGUCCAGGGUUAAUCAGGAUGGUGUGAAGGCUAGUUUGAAGAAUGGGAUUUUGUCGGUUGUCAUCCCGAAGUCGUCGGCGCCGACUUCGAAGAGGAUUAAUAUUGACUAA